AUGAGUGACCCAUUAUCCGUUGCCGCUAGUGUGGCCGGCUUGCUAUCUCUCGGUCUGCAGAGUACGGAGUACCUUUACAAAUACUAUACCGCGUGGCGAGAUCAGCAUCGAGACCUCGCCAAGGUCUCAGAUCAACUUGGUGGCCUCCUCGAAUCCCUCCAGUUUAUCGACGAGAUUGUGCGUACGCGCACAUGGCGGCCUUCCGAGCAGUUGAUCAUACAGGAUAUUGAAAAGUCAAUCAUUCGCAGCAAGGACACUAUAAAUGUCCUACAAACUGAGGUUGAAAAAUUUAAACAUGAGCCCGCUGGCAACUGGAAAAAGACGGCGGUGGUGGUAGGGCGACGGGCGGCAUACCCAUUCAAAAGAAGCACCUUAGAAGAUCUAGGCGACGAUGUGAGCGAUUUUCGCGACAACUUGUCGGUCGCGCUCCAGGCACUUCAGCUGAAAGAGCAUCACAAUACACAGGGCGAUAUUGAGGAGGUAAAUGCUGUUGCCAGGGACAUACAGGCACGGAGUGUCAGUGUCGAUCUGCGGCUGUGGCUCAGGGCCCCCGAUGCAACCAUCAACUUCAAUAUCGCAGCGGCCAAACGACACGCAAGCACUGGGCAGUGGUUGGUCCAAGGUCCAGCUUAUACUACAUGGCUGCAGCAGGACAACUCAUUCAUCUGGCUAUAUGGCUUCGCUGGCUGUGGAAAGUCUGUACUGUGCUCUACAGCGAUCCAGCAUGCCUUUCGCCGGCGACAAGCAUCCGCCACCAGUGCGGUCGUCUUCUUUUUCUUCGACUUUAGGGAUGAGUCGAAACAAGAUGCUUCGGCAGCGUUGCGAGCGUUGCUACUCCAGCUUUGUGGACAAGUUCCUCGUCUGGAAGCAGAGAUGACCCGCCUGAAAGAUUCCAAUAAUCACGGCACUCCACCAGUUCAUGUCUUACUUGAGUAUCUGCGACAAGCUAUUGUCCGGCAGCACCACACCUACAUUUUGCUCGAUGCCUUAGACGAGAGCCCCUUAGAUACCUCCCGAGCCGAAGUGCUAUCAGUAAUCGACACCAUGCGACAAUGGCAGCUGCCGGGCUUACAUUUAUUGGUUACUAGUCGGGAUGUUCCCGACAUUCGAACCCACCUACAAAUCCCAGCACUCCAGCAGGCUAUCGGACAUAUCUCGUUCAAGAACGACUUCGUUCAGCAAGAUAUCUCACGGUUUGUAGCUUUUCAAGUCGACAACGAUCCUCUGCUCCGACGUUGGGGUGAUCAUCGAGAGAAGAUCAAGAAUCAUCUGAUCCAACACUCGGGUGGAAUAUUUCGUUGGGUCGAAUGCCAGCUUCGGCCGCUUCAACAGUGUCCCCAGAGCGAAAAACACCUGGAGAAAUGUCUUCGCACCCUGCCACAGUCUCUUGAUGAGACAUACGAACGGUUGCUCUGUAGCAUCGAGCUCAGAGAAGAGGCGCAAAGGAUCCUUUCGCUUCUUUGUUAUGCAAUACGGCCGUUGUCCAUCGAGGAGAUCCUCGAAGCUCUUGCCGUUGAUAUUGACGACCUCGAAUGUUAUGAUCCCCGCAGUAAAUUCUCUGGCGGCGCAGAAGACGUCUUUCGGACCUGCCCCGGCCUUGUUGACAUCCAUCUCCGGACUGAUGGUGUUCAGGAACUCCGGAUUGAACAUUUCUCGGUACAGGAGUACUUACAAUCUGAUCGCAUUCGAAGUGGCCGUGCGGCCGACUUUGCUUUAUCAGGCCCAUUACAGCAUGGGCGGAUCAGUAAGACUUGCUUGCUGUAUCUGCAGCACGAUAGAUUCCUCCGACAGAGUUUCACUCCAGAUCUGGUGGGACAGUAUGCCUUUGCGAAAUAUGCUGCGGGGUAUUGGUUCCAGCACUAUGACCAAGCGGAUGCCCAAUUUGCCGGAGAGCUGUCGGAGGUGGUUAUAACUUUGUUGACAAUUCGCUCCACCAAAGAGCGUUGGCUCCGGCUAUACAAUCCAGAUGUACUUACCGGACAUACCGUAGUAUACGACAUGUUCGCCAAAAUUCCUCCUUCGGCAACGUACUAUGCUUCCUCUCUUGGCCUGGAUAGAGUAUUAGGCUCUAUUCUAGCUUUGUCACCAGCAGAUGUCAACGCACAAGGGGGCGAGUAUGGCAACGCACUGGUGGCGGCAUCGAGCCGUGGUUACGAGAAGGUGGUGCAGAUGCUGCUGGACCACGGUGCCGAUGUCGAUGCACAGAAAGGUACAUAUGCCACUGCACUCCAAGUGGCCUCAUUCCAGGAUCAUGAGAAGGUGGUGCGGAUGCUGUUGGACCACGGGGCCGAUGUCGACGCACGAGGAAAUAAUUCCUAUAAUGCUCUGCAGGCGGCAUCAUGCAAUGGGUUUGAGAAAUCGGUACAGGCACUGUUAGGCCACGGUGCCGAUGUCAACGCACCAGGAGGCCGCUAUGGUUGCGCACUACAGGUGGCAUCGUUUCAAGGGCAUGAGAAAUUGGUACAGAUACUGCUCGACAAUGGUGCCGAUGUCAACGCACAAGGAAGUUUUUACGAUAACGCUCUACAGGCGGCAUCGUAUGGUGGGCACGAGAAAGUAGUACAGACACUACUAGAUCACGGUGCUGAUGUUAACGUACAAGGGGGCUUGUAUGGAAAUGCACUACAGGCGGCAUCGUAUGGUGGGUACGACAAGCUCGUGCAGAUGCUAUUGCUUCACGGUGCUAAUGCCAAUGCACGAGGAGGCCGCUACGAGAACGCACUGGAUGCGGCGUCAGUUCAAGGGCAUGAGAAGGUAGUACAGAUACUGCUCGACAAUGGUGCCGAUGUCAACUCACACGGCGCGCUCAACGUGGCGUUAACAUAUGGCCACAAGAAAGUGGCUGACAUCCUUACGAGAGCGAGCCGUGACUGGCUGCAGACCACUUGA